UAGAGGAGCCUGUGUUCAUGAAUGUAAUAAAAGUUCCUCGCCAUCGUCUCUCUCCCUCUCUCCCUCUCUCUCCGAUAUUGUUUUGCUUGACUGCUUCGUUCUCCACCUCAGCUCUGCCUCUUUCUACGUAUCGCAGACGGGAAGAUUAAUUCUCCUUUACCUUCAAGCCGCUCUACCCUUACAACCUUCGAUGCAAGGGUGAAACUCCCAUCAAUCACUCACCGACUCUGUAAUAUAGGAGCUAAGCGAGUGUUCCGUGGAUGAGUUCAGAGCAUGAGGACCCAUUGUCGCUUCCAUCCCCGAUGGAAAGCAGCGCGCCUAUAUCGGAUCAGAAGAAGCCGAGAAUUAGGUAUACGAGGGAUUUUUUUUUGUCUUUGAGUGAGUUGGAUGCUUGCAAGAAGUUACCCAGUGGAUUGGACAAAUCAAUCCUGAGUGAUCUUGAAGAAGCUACUAAUACAGCAUUUGAGCGGCAAAGAAGUGUUGGCAACUUAUCUUUGCACGGUUCAAGGCGGGGAGAGUAUGGUUCACUAUCGCUGAAUAGAUCAGAAAAUUCAAACAGCUAUACAAAAGGGAUAUCCUCGAGGUGGGACACUCGGUCAUCUGGAUCAAGUGACAGGGAAGGAGACUUGCUGUCCGACCGGGAAUCCUUUACCCAAGACUCUGGAAGAAGGUUUGGAAAUCAAAAUCGGCGCACUUGGCAAGAUCCAGAGCAUGAUGGUCUUUUGGGAAGCGGUGCGUUGGCUAGAACUCCAGGAUUUACUGGAGCUUCAGCCUCAAAGGCUCGGGGUAAUGGCCAUUAUCAGCUUAAUAAGAGUACCGAGCCUUAUCAACCCCCACGACCUUAUAAGGCUGCACCUUAUUCACGCAAAGAUGGCAGUGAUUUAUGUAAUGAUGAAACUUUUGGAUCAAGUGAAUGUUCGAAUGUGGACAGAGCUGAAGAAGAAAGAAAGAGGAGAGAGUCCUUUGAGUUAAUGAGGAAAGAGCAGCAGAAAACGCUACAAGAGAAACAUAGCAACGAUAUUCACAAAGGGAACCUUGACUUGGACAUAACGGUACUAUUAGACAAUUCUGAUGCUGAUAAAAGCACACAGAGUACAAGAAAACCUGAUGAAUGUGUAGAUGAUUCUCUUUCCCCUUGCAAUUCUACAAAAUCCUCUCCUUUUAUCCAUGUUCCUGCAACCCGGCCACUUGUUCCGCCUGGUUUUGCAAGCAUGCUAAUGGAGAAAAACAAUCAGAUAAACAAGCUGAAGAGCGUGGCCUUGCAGUCUGCUGAUGAAGCUGCACCCUCAUCAAUUGUGCCUGGUGUUGGUUUUGGUAACAUUUCUUUCAAUACUUCUGUUAUUGAGGAAGCCAGUGAAGUUUGGGAAGAGGACAUGCCAAUUGAUUCUUUUCACAAAAAGGAGGCAGGUUCUGAUAUAGUUGAAGCAGCUACCCAGGACCAUUCUAGUUCUAUUUUUGACAAGUUGUUCGGAAAAGCAUUUGUAAAAAAUUCCGGCGGUUUGGCAAGUGAUAUUCAGAAUCAUGUUAAUAAGGCAGGUGAGGAAACAUGGACCCAUGUGGCAUCUGAUUUUUCCAAAUUUGCUCACCUUUUUCAAGAAGAAAGUGAAGAGAGUAUGCCUACUGAAGAUAAAUCUUCCAGGGACUUACUUUCCUUAUUUGUCAAUAAUGAUAAUUUUGGUUCACAAGUUUAUAUUUCAUCAAAUGAUGAAGCCGCUGAAAAGAAUCAAUCUGGCCUGCCUUCUGAAAAUGCAACAGUUCACCUCAGUUCUCCUGCACCUUGCCCAAUAACUGGAACGCUUUUGGAGUCCUACCAAGGUGACGAGCAAAGACCUUGUGCUGUGCUCACAUGUGAGGAUCUUGAGCAGUCAAUAUUGGCCGAAGUUGAAGACAGAUGUUCUGUCAUGCAGUCUUUGCAGGACACUUUGAUUGCUGUUGAUGCUAAAUCUGAAGAGCAUAGAGAUGUGGUGAAUGAUCAUGCAUCACAUCAUCUUCUCUCUCUCUUACUGAGGGGAGAAAAUUCUAAGGAGUCAUUAGAGCCACCUAGGGUAGAUGUUAUUGGAAGCCAUGAUAUGCUUGCUUGUUCUGACGUAGAAUCUAGUACCCACUUUCAGCUUACUAAUAGUGCUGCUAGUAGUCUUUCUGAAACAGAACAAGGGUCAGAAAAACGCUUGACUCUUGAAGCUUUGUUUGGGGCAGCAUUUAUGAAUGAGCUGCAUUCAAUGGAAGCUCCUAUCUCAGCUCAGAAAACUUUAGUUGGUAGGGUUAAUGAUAGGAGUGCUAACCAGUCUCAUGGUUUACCAUUUUAUCCUCCGGAUAGCCUUACUACAACAUCCAAUGAGUUACAUUCAAAGAAAGCUGUGUUUGAAGGAGAAAUGUUGCAAUCGAACAGCUCCGCCGAACAUGCAAGAGCUCAAAAGAGUAGAGAAAAUUGGACUGAUUACAGGGAUUCUCCUUUACAUGGCUUUAAGCUAGGUGAUUUGACUUUUGAACAGUCUGCUGGAGAUAUUCAUUUGCCUGAAGAGGACAGUUUGAUUUCUCUCAAUGAUUCUUUAGAUGCUGUGGCCUCUGAUUCUUUGUGUUUUCAACAAGUCAAUAGAAAUGAUUCACUUGUACCUGAAAAGACGGUUGGAGAUCUCAGUAAUAAGUUACUUCAUACUAUUCUUAGAGUUGGAGAGCCCUCAAGGGAACCUGCUGUGGAUUAUCCUUCUUUUAUUCAGGUUUCUCGUGAAAUGGGUGACCCUGAUGGCGAUUAUCAUCAUCUGCAUGUCAGGCCACCAUUACAGUUUUCUCAUCAGAUGAAUCAUGGAAAGCCUUUGUCUGCCGCUCAUUUGGAUCAUCCCACACUUAGAAAUUCUCAGAUGAAUUUUAUUAGUCCGGAUGUCAUGUAUCAUGAUCCUCAUCAUCCUUUUGUGCAAAAUGUAUUUACUCACAAUAAUUACAAUAGCAAUAGUGGUCCCCAAUUGGAUCCAACCACUCGUCAUCAUAUGCUAUCGCCCAUACCAUUUCCAGGAAAUUUCCCACCACAUAAUUCAGUCCAAGGAUUGCCACGGGUAUCACACCCAAUAAAUCACCUUCCUGGUUUUUCACAUGAGAUGAACAACGUACAUGUCUUUCCACAGCAACACCAGCAACCUAACUAUGGAGACCGGGGAAUGGGAAUGCCUGGACAUGGUGGUGGUGGUGCUGCUGGGAGACGAUCCCAAGAGGCAUUGGAAAGGCUGAUGGAAAUGGAGAUGAGAGCUAACGCAAAACAGUUCCGUCCUUCCAUGGCCGAGCAUGUUCCUGGAAUGUAUGGCGCUGACUUGGACAUGAACUUACAGUACAUGCGAUGAAAUCUGAUGCCUGGAGCUUUCUUUCAUAUUCAAGAUGAUACUUCUUUUUUACUGCACUGAGACUAUUCUUAUAAGAUAAAGAAAAAAAUGUGAGUUGUAAACAGUUUUUAGGAAAAGGGUAUUAUGCAGGUAGAUAUAUUAGAAGUAGAGGCGGUGAAAAUGUUGAAAUGGAGUUGCUGUGAUUGUCACUUAAAAGACCUUUAUCAUUUGCAAGUUCUACGCAUGCAAUGCAUGAUAUCUUUCUCGGUUUUAUGAGAUUUUUAUCGUUAAGCAA